UCCUAUAAAUAACUGCAACACUGCCACCCCACCACCAUCUAAACCCUCUCCUCCCUCGCAAACAAAAAACUCUUUACUUCACACACACUCAUAUCACGCACAAUGAAAAAGGCUGAAUCAUCUUCCACAUUAGGCCCGGGUGGCCUAGACAUCUCCAAAGCCUUCUUCAAACCCAUUCUCAAUUCCGCUCCACCUUCACCCACAAAAAGGCACACCAAAAUCUCGGUCAUCGGUGCUGGAAACGUCGGCAUGGCCAUAGCUCAAACCAUCCUCACCCAAGACCUUGCCGAUGAGCUAGCCCUCGUUGACGCCCAGCCCGACAAGCUCCGCGGAGAAAUGCUUGACCUCCAACACGCGGCUGCUUUCUUACCAAGGACCAAAAUCCAUGCUUCCCUGGACUACUCAAUCACGGCAGGGUCGGAUCUUUGCAUUGUCACAGCAGGUGCCCGGCAGAUCCCGGGCGAGAGUAGGCUGAAUCUUAUCCAGAGGAAUCUGGUCUUGUUUAAAAAUAUCAUUCCUCCGUUGGCCAAGUAUUCUCCGGAUUCUAUACUCCUGAUCGUGUCCAAUCCCGUAGAUGCUUUGACCUACGUGGCCUGGAAACUUUCCGGUUUUCAUCCAAAUCGAGUUAUUGGAUCUGGAACGAACUUGGAUUCUUCUAGGUUCCGGUUUUUGCUUGCUGAUCAUCUCGACGUCAAUGCUCAGGACGUGCAGGCAUACAUUGUUGGGGAGCAUGGAGAUAGUUCAGUGGCGCUUUGGUCAAGCAUAACCGUGGGAGGAGUGCCGGUGCUUAGCUAUUUAGACAGGCAGAAAAUUGCGUACGAGAAAGAAACUCUCGAAAACAUUCGGAAAGAAGUUGUGGAGAGCGCAUAUGAAGUAAUUGAUCUUAAGGGUUACACUUCUUGGGCAAUUGGCUACUCAGUGGCUAACUUGGCUCGAUCCCUCCUGAGGGAUCAGAGAAGGAUUCAUCCUGUCUCGGUUCUUGCUACAGGCCUAUUUGGAAUUGAUGGUGGACAUGUUUUUCUGAGCUUGCCUGCUCAACUUGGUCGGACUGGAGUCAUGGGUGUGGCCAAUGUGGAGUUGACGGACUAUGAAGCACGGCAACUCAGGAACUCUGCUACUACGAUUUUGGAGGUGCAGAGCCAAUUGGAUAUCGAGGACCUUUAAUUCAAACUUCCAAGUUAACUGGCAUUUGGUUUCAUGAGAUCAGAUUCUGCAUGGGGAAUUUUUUGGACUUUUCAAGUUGCUUUCUAGGUUCUCAUACCACUAAUCUUUAUUUUCGUAAUUUUUUUAGUUUCUAGUUUCUCUUUUGCGGUUUCAUGAGAUAGUAGUAUUUGUCAUAUUUCUUC